UCAAUAAGAACCGAAAUUUCAUGAAAGAAAAGCUUUUUAUGUAAGCCAUGAUUGAUUUUCUCCUGAUAAAAAGAUGGGAUUUUUACCUGUGUUUUGGGAUGAGUAACAAGUUUUUACUUGCUCUAAUGUUUUCAACUACCUUAAAAUCAAAAGAAGCCUUAAAAAUCACUGUUGGGUUCCAUCACUAAUGAAUAAAAAAUGAAAUCAAGAUGAAAAAGAUUUGUUUUUUAUGGAAAUCAAUUGGGGCUCAGUUUUGUUUGGUGUUCAUUUGGGUUACUAAAAAAAACUUUACUUUCAUCCUUUUUUGUUUAUCUUUUAUUGGGGUAAUCUAAUUUCUAUGUUAUAUGAGUGUAAGUUCUUACUGUAUGCCCUGAAACAAGUUCAAGCUAGUGACAAAAAGAACAAGCAAAAUUAGGGAAAGAAUCAAGCUUUAGCCUUGUUUUCAUUUUUGCUAUAUGGCUAAACCUUGUUUCCACUCAAAUUCUUCCUUAGGUGGCGUUUGGUUGGAGGACAAAGUUUGUGAUACAUGUGGUGGUAAUAAUCAUCGUGCCAAUUUUUUACUUGUAACUUGUUCUAAAUGUUACAUAACUUCUGAACAUGUUUAUUGCAUGCGAAGAGAAAUAGAGCACAAGGUUCCCGAAGAUUGGGUCUGUGAAUCGUGCCAAUCUGAUAGUGACUCGGUUUUGAUGGAAACUAAGGAGACUGAGGAUGUUGCUGAACAAGAUAAUUUGAAUGUUCAGCUUGAUACGUCGGGGCUUGAGAGGAUUAAGAAGAGAUACAAUUUUCUUGGUAAUCUCGAGCUAAGGAUGGGCAACGGGGAAGAUGCGCAGGCUUGUUGGCCGGGUGGAGCAUGGAGUGCAUGGAGUGAAUAUCAUAGUAGUGCAGGGGUAGUCCUUCCCCUUAGACAAUACUUUAUCGAUUUUUGUGAUUAUUUUGGAAUUGCCCCAUUUCAGCUCGCUCCCAAUAGUUAUAGAAUCCUAUCCACUCUGAAGGUGUUGUACCAUCAGAAAGGAUGGCCAACUCCUAGCCCAGAGGAGAUUCACUACAUGUAUAUUUUGAAAGCCAAUCCUAUUCGCGAUAAUCGCAAUAAUACAGAUGGCUUUUACUAUCUAAGCACUUGGCCUUAUGCUUCUGGAAACUUGGUUACAGACAUCCCUAGCCAUGCAGGUCCAUACAAGAAAAGCUUUUUCUUCACUACAGCCAUCAAAGCCGAAAACCUGAAUUUUCAACAAGUUGGGCCAUUCAAGCGAUCCAAGGUUGAUAACGAGAUAAUCAGUCGAGUUGAGCAAAUCAGCAAGUUGCCUUCAGAGGAGAAGAGUUCAAAAGUCUUGCUUACUGAUGAUAAUCUUCGUGAGUGUGGUCUCUUUGAUAUGUCACAUUCUCUUGGUUUGUCUGACUCUUGUCGCCAAGCUGGUUCUCGCUUUAAGAAGGCAUAUCAUGGGCCUGUCCCUCGAUUCAAUCUUCCUAUGGAGCUGCAUUGCUCUCCAGCAAACAUAGAUAUUGUUGAGGAUUCUGAGGAGACUUUGGAUGAUCUUCCCCAAUGCGAGGAAGCUAACAACGAACUUGAGAUUAUCCCAACGGUCUGUGAGGAUGACACUCACAUUGAAUCCCCCGAACAAGGAUUGAAGCAUAAACAUGAUUGCUCGAAAGAAUCAUCAAUAAUUAACCAUGAGCUCGAGAGCUCGGAGGGAAGCAUGGAUAUAUUUGAUUGUUUCUCCACACCUAUUGUCAACUUGAAAAGAAAGAAGAAGAGAAAAAGAGGUAACAUGGAUAUAUAUGCUUGUUUCUCCAAUCCUAAUGUUGACUCGAAAAGAAGGAAGAAGAGAAAAAUAACAGCAGGGACCUGCAGGGACACUUCAAGGAAAUCAACAGCCAAAACUCCUGCAGCGACCAUCUCUUCCAAGGCUGCGAUUAGGACUCCCGAGCAAGUGCUAAUGGAAACUGCGCAAACUGAGUUGGUACCUGCUCGCUCUCGAGCAAUGUCUGAUGUUCUCGAGAGUGUACAGGCCUUUGCCACCCCUAUGGUGAAUGUUUUCGAGAAAGAAGUUGGAGACAACUUGAGCAAAGACGGGUUGUGGAUUGACUCUGAGGACUUAACUGAUCUUGCUCUCAAGCAGCAGAGCUUGAUGAGCUUGACCACUGCGGUAGCGUUCCAACAAGCUAAACUUAUGAAAUCCUGCCAGAACAAACUAAAUGGUCAGGAGAAAGAGCUGAUUAAAUUGAAAGGAGAGCUUGGAGAGACAAGAAACGAGCGGGACCUUGUUCAACAAGAACUUCAAACUUUAAAGAAGAAUUUCGGGGAAAAACUUAAGGAAGAAGUGAAUUCGGUUGCUGCUCCUUUAAAAAGUGAGAUUCAGAUUCUCCAGGAAAAACUUUCCAAGGCUGAGGCUACCGAGACUUCACUAAGGAGUGACCUCAAGGGACGAGAUGAACAAGUCGAAGAGCUUCGAAUGACACAAAGGCUUAAUCUUGAGGAGUUCAAGAAGGAAAAGACCAAGCUGAAAACCCAACUGAAUGACAUGUCAAUGAAUGUGUUCUACACUUGUUGGAAGCACAAUCGAGAUGGCGAUUAUAGCUUUCUUGGGAGCAAACUCAAGAAGUGCAUGGCGGACUUUAAGAAACGGUUGGCUGAUGAGGAAGCUGCUGCUGCUGAUAGUGAGGAGGAUGAAACAAGCUCAAUUCAAGAACUGAGCUAAAUCUUGAAAUCAUUUUUUUGUGUUUCAUUAUUUUCUUUAUGUAUUAGUGCAAUAAAGGACUUUGAACAUUUGAAUGUUGUAUAUACAAUUUUAAAAAUAUGUAAUUGUAUUGCUUAAAGUUGUUCUCAAGUAUCAAUAUUUUGUUAAUAAAAAUAUAUAUUAAGUA